AUGCAUCACUGUUCUUUCAAUUUAAUAGCUCGACGUCGUCGGCGAGUCAAAACCGUAGCAAAUGCAAGUAGGGAUUUAAUAAGUGAGCUGCCGGUAGAGGUAAAGGAUAGAAUUUUGGAGUGUUUGCCCACCCGAGACGCCACCAGAACUGCUCUGCUCUCAAGCCACUGGAAUCAUGUUUGGUUGCAGCACGAGCGGCUUACGUUCGGUUGCGAAUUCGUGCAAAGUUUCCAACACUCGCAAGAUGAUGAAGGUAGAACCCUUGUGAGCAUAAUCAAUAAUAUCCUCUUUUCCCGUGCUGGGCCUGUUAAGAAAUUUACUUUAGAGAUAGACACUGCAUAUGAUCCUUCGUCGUUGGCACAACAAUUUGAUUUUGAUAGGUGGUGUUUUUUUCUGUCAACAAAUGGUGUGGAGGAACUUAACUUAUCUUUAUAUAGUUAUCUAGGGCUAGAUUAUCAGCUACCAUUUUGUUUACUCUCUUGCAAGACAAUUAAGCAACUGAUAGUCGCGGCUCUCUUAAUUGAUUUGCCUGUAAAUGCUGUUGGUAUAUUUUUCAAUGUCACUUCAUUAGCUUUCUUCAAUGCUAAAUUUAAGCGCAGUGUUAAUGGAAUUGCCUCUAGUAUUAGUAUUCCUAAACUUGAGAAGCUGGCUUUCGAACUUUGUCGAGAGAUCAAUAAAUUUGAGAUCAUCAGCCCUCCAAAACUUGAAAUCUUGUAUACUGUUCAUUCUAUUGGAGGUGUGGUUGAGUCCAGAUGGCUGACACAACAUUUGAAAGCUAUUAAGACUCUUUGGUUAUGUGGCUCUUUGUUGCGGUAUAUGGAUGUAUCUAUGUUUCCAACUGCAAUAAAUCUGCAAGUGAUAAAGCUGUAUAAAUUAAGCUUUGGUUGUGGGAAGCAACUCACCAUUACUAUGCAAUUGCUUCAAAAAUGCCCCAACCUAUGUGAACUAGGAAUUAUGGUGGAGGAGGAGAGUAAUAGUUGGGGGGAUGACAAAGAAGUUGCUUCCACUAGUACAAAAAAAGCCAUACGCUACACCUGUAAAAGUGUUUUCGCUACACCUUUACAGGUGUAG